GGUGGACAAAGCCAAGCCUCGGCCACCCUGUGAGCGGAACUGCAGUGCAAUCGCAGAGGACAUCAAAAGGUGUGCAUGAGAAUAAAAGCUGUGAGAUUUGGAGAUCAUCAGGAAUAAACACUCCAGGAGAAGGCUCACAUCAGUCCCUGCAAGGGUCAACAACCCUGUUGUCUUCAUACAGGGAGCCAGAACUUUUACCACUGCAGAUAAACUUAUGACUGUUUUUGUUGACUCUUAGAUUCAAGGAUCCCAAAAACUUUGUCCCUCCACUGGUCCAUCUAAUUCACAAACAACCCCAAGGGGCAUAAAAUAGAAAACUGUAGAUUGUUUUUUUCUCAUGGCGAGGGUUUGGGUCUCUCAACUGGGAACCAUCUGCAGCUCCAAGACUUUGCUCCUUCUGUUUUCCACACUGCUGCUGCAGGGGCCUCUCUGUGGACAAAGUAGCCCGAUUACCAACACCCAUCAGAGGCAUCGUCCCGCUCCGGGGCUGGGUGACGGGCAUGGAGGGGUCGUGGAUCCAUCGAUGCUGGAGCAAGACAGCAACAUGAACAUGCAGAGCCUGCUGGAGAGCUUGAAGGAACAGUUCCUUCGGACUUUCAACCUGUCUGGUGUUGGUCCUCCUCCCUUACCAGCUGGAAGCAACCGAGAGGAGCCCCCGGAGUACAUGAUGGAGCUCUAUAACCGUUUUGCUAAUGACCACACUGCAAUGCCCGCUGCCAACAUAGUCCGCAGCUUUAAAAAUGAAGACUCAUCUCCCAGUGUUGUGGGUGCUGAAGGAGCCAGACGUCACCCACUCCUCUUCAAUGUGUCAGUGCCCCAUCAUGAACGAAUCACAGCAGCCGAGCUUCGCCUCUACACCCUUGUCCAGACAGACCGCCACCUCUACGAAGGGGUCGACCGUAAGGUCACUAUUUACGAGCUGGAAUCCCAUGACGGAGAUGAAAAUGACACUGAUGAGAACCCUGUACGGGGCGAUGCAUUUGCAGGUGGAGAGCGGAUCGAAUUGGUAGAGUUGGCCUCACGGCAGGUCUAUGGCACGGAUAAUGGCUGGGAGGCUUUUGACCUCACGGCUGCUGUUCAGCGCUGGCGUAAGUCUGACCAAGGAACCACGCACAGGUUGGAAGUGCACAUUGCUAGCAUGGCCACAGAAAAUAAUGAAGGUGUGACGAACGACAACAAAGAGAAGAAUCCACCUGAAGGAGACAUGAAGAUUGACACCAGCCCUGAUGAAAAGCACAAACCUCUUCUGAUUGUUUUCUCUGAUGACCAAAGCAGUGAUCACCGUGAUGACAAGCGUGAGCUGAAUGAGAUGAUAGACCAUGAAACCUCAAACAUGGUUCUAGAGAAUGACUUGGGGAUGGGCCUGAAUGAGCUGUGGGGGGAGCUUGGUGGGGACAAGGACAACACGGAUGAAGACUCUGAGCCUGAUGAAGAAGACCUCAUCCAAAUGCGCUCCAAUCUUAUCUAUGACACAGCAUCCCGCAUUCGUCGGAAUGCAAAAGGAAACCACUGCAAGAAACAAUCCUUGUACGUGGAGUUCAAAGAUAUCGGAUGGGACAGUUGGAUUCUGGCACCCACCGGUUAUGAUGCGUUCGAGUGCAGUGGCGUUUGCUCCUUCCCACUGACUAAGCACGUCACACCCACCAAGCACGCCAUUGUCCAGACUCUGAUCAAUAUCAACAGUCCUCAGAAGGCAGCAAGAGCUUGUUGUGUUCCCACCAAACUGGACCCCAUUUCCUUGCUGUACCUGGAUGACACAGGUGUGGUUACCUACAAGUACAAGUUUGAAGGCAUGGUGGUGGCCGAGUGUGGCUGCAGAUAGUCCACGAUUUAAGAAUGUUUCACUCUUUGUGAAGUCUUACAUUUGGAGGAAAGACUUACAAAAACCUGGACUAGGAGUUUAGCCCAAACUGUUUUCAACAGAGGAAUAAUGAUUGGAUCCAUGCGAGGGUUCCUGAGCAAGACUGGAAGUCCCCAUGAACUACACAUGGAACCAUGUGCUAGAUGAUGAGUGGACAAAGAAAUGCUUUAACAGCAGAACAGGAACAAGUACUUCAUGUUACAUGGAUAUCAUCAUUCAGACAGUGAAGAGACAAUGUUUUAGUAAAACAGCAAUGUGACUAAUGACGCCAGGGUAUGUCCUCAUGCCUUCAAGGAUAAUAAGACACAAGAGUUCCCCAGGGACCUUACCAAGCACAUCGUACAGCGUGUGCAGCCUGGUGGGAACCAGUGGGCCAGUCGCCCCCCCUCCCUCUACUUCCCCCUGACAUCUGUCUUCCUCUCCACUUAUCUCUGGCCUCCCCACUUGAUGCAAACAUUAAUCAGCACUUCAUGUGUCCUGGCGCAGUGACAUGACCUCUCUGAGGCAACCUGACAAGACAUGAACUCUCCUGCAGCCUCCUGAUACGUAGGCGCUGUUUAGGGCUCCUGGUGGCAGGGUUAUCAAUCUAAACUCUGUUUCCCACUUCGCAUGCCUCUUUUCCACUCCCCCGAGCAACAGUGAUAGCAAGGUGUGGGGGGUUGAGAAGCAUGUGCAUGCCAGCACUCAGGCUGAGCGAACUGGAUGCCCUCCCAGGGUCUUUGGGGUGGUGGAAUGGAGGAGCUGGGGCAACCCUUUACAAUAAGUAAACUAAAAUACA